AUUGUUAUUAAUGCAUGUGUGUACUAUUUUGGUUCAAGGUUAUAAGAGAUAAGUUCCGUACUUAAACUCGACUUAGCAGCCAACCAGUGCAUUUGUUCACAUCAAACGUUCGCGACAAGACUGAACACUUUGUCAAGCCUAAGGAGUUAAUCGAAAUUCAUAUAUAUAUAUAAAGAAUGUUUUACAAAGUAUCUCUCCUGUUGUGUUUUCUUCAACUUGGUAGCGCGUAUGGUGUGUGGCAUGACGUUGGCAAAGCCUGUAUCGGCGCGAAGGACAACAGUUUUGCAGACAUAACAUACAACGGACCAAGUUCCUUUGUUAAUGCUGUUAAAUUGGUCCACACUUCAGGUUAUGUUUCGAACAGAAUGUCAACCAAGAAAGGCUCACUCUGGGGUGAUCCCCAGAGGAGCAAAUCUCUUGGCAUUCUCAUCACCGACGACUUGAACCGCAUCCUAUAUCCAUCACCCCGACUGACAACCAUAAGCAACUAUGGUUGGUAUACCUUGCCAAGGUACACCGGGUUAUCUCCCAACCUGGUAUUCAGUGAUAGCGGUGCUCCCCAGUAUUUUGAGAAAGGCAACAAACUCAGAAUUUGGUAUGGAGAAGAUUGGAGUGGCUACACUGAAAUAGACAACCACGGCAAUUCCUGCAUGAAAGUGUUCCUUCAUUUGACUGGUUGUUAACAUGGCAUGCCUGCACUUGUUUAAAAUUUAAAAUUUUGUUACUUUUAAUGACAAUAUGGAAAACAAUUUCUUUAUGAAAAAAUGUAUACCAGUUUUAUUUGAAUUAAUUAUAUAUAGAAAUCAUUGUAAUAGC